GGGCGAGUUCUCCGGAAGAAAAUCUUGACUUGUACCUACCGCUUCCUCUUUCCGUCAACGGAGUUUAGUUCACAAUGGGACGUGUGAUCAGGGGACAGAGAAAAGGAGCGGGUUCCGUAUUUAAAGCCCACGUCAAGCACAGGAAAGGCGCUGCCAAACUCCGCCACAUUGACUUCGCUGAACGUCAUGGCUACAUUAAGGGAAUCGUCAAGGAUAUCAUCCACGAUCCCGGCCGUGGUGCCCCCCUGGCCAAAGUGGCAUUCCGUGACCCUUACCGCUUCAAGAAGAGGACAGAGCUCUUCAUCGCUGCUGAGGGCAUUCACACGGGACAGUUCAUCUACUGUGGGAAGAAGGCCCAGCUGAACAUUGGCAACGUCCUUCCUGUGGGCACCAUGCCCGAAGGCACCAUCAUCUGCUGCGUGGAGGAGAAGCCCGGCGACAGAGGGAAGCUGGCGCGUGCUUCCGGAAACUACGCCACCGUCAUCUCGCACAACCCGGAGACUAAGAAAUCCAGAGUUAAACUGCCAUCUGGUUCAAAGAAGGUCAUCGCCUCGGCCAACAGAGCCGUCGUCGGUGUGGUUGCUGGUGGCGGUCGUAUUGACAAGCCCAUCCUGAAGGCGGGUCGCGCCUACCACAAGUACAAGGCCAAGAGGAAUUGCUGGCCUCGUGUCCGUGGUGUGGCCAUGAACCCUGUCGAGCAUCCCUUCGGAGGUGGUAACCAUCAGCAUAUCGGCAAGCCCUCCACCAUCAGGAGAGACGCCCCUGCCGGUCGCAAGGUCGGUCUCAUUGCUGCCCGUCGUACUGGCAGGCUGCGUGGAACAAAGACCGUCCAGGAGAAGGAGAACUGAGUUUAUUCAAAAUAAAACAAAAAAAUGUUCCAAAGUA